AUGUUUACUCCUAGUGCUAUCGACUCCACCGGGGGCUCCAUACCGUCCCUGAUACUACAAAGUAUACCAGGGCCACAGCAAAUCUUGAAGGCUCUGGCUGGUUCCCUGAGCGUUUCAAACCUUUCAGGAACAGAGAACGAAGUUGAACAAUCUUCAUAUCAACAAUGCCCCAAGCCAGAAUUGAGCUGCCAUACUCAAUUCCAUGGCCAGAACACCUGCUGCUUCAACCACCCCGGCGGACAGAUGCUACAGACCCAGUUUUGGGAUGCAGACCCGGCCAUUGGGCCCGUUGACUCAUGGACUAUUCAUGGACUUUGGCCGGACUAUUGUGAUGGCGGCUUUGACCAAUACUGCGACUCGAAGAGGAAAUACAGCAACAUAUCUCUGAUCCUGGUCGAUGCAGGUCGGGCUGACCUGCUCGAUUACAUGGGCGAUUACUGGAAAGACUUCCGAGGCGAUGACCAGGACCUCUGGGAGCACGAGUGGAACAAGCACGGCACCUGUAUUAGCACGUUGGAAACCACCUGCUACAACGACUACUUACCCCAGCAGGAGGUCGUGGACUACUUCAACAAGACCGUGGAAAUCUUCCAGAGAUUGCCCACCUACGAAACCCUCGCCAAUGCCGGCAUUCUCCCCUCCCAUACGGAGACAUACACUCUUGACAAGAUCCAGGAUACCCUGGCAAAAGCACAUGGCGCCCCCGUCACCGUCCGAUGCCGCAACCGCGCAUUCAAUGAAGUCUGGUACCACUUCAAUGUCGCCGGCUCCCUGCAGAUGGGAGACUUCGUCCCAUCAGAACCAGACGGGCUCAAGUCCAAUUGUCCCGCCACAGGAAUCCACUAUAUCCCUAAGACACCCAGACGCGAACCCUCCCGCACCACAACCGGCCCAUCCGAGCCAACAAGCACCGGCAUCCCCUUCCAGGGUAUGGGCAACCUCCUAGUCUCGAACUUGGGUAGCCAGCGGGGCUGCAUCAUCAGCCGCGGGAAGUGGUUCGCCUCGGGGACAUGUGCCACUUUCAAGGCGAAGAGGGUGACGGAUGGUAGAUUCACGCUGCAAUCCAGCAAGGGGAUCUGUGCGUUUGAGCGUGAUGCGCUCAGCUGCGGCCCGCAUAUUACUUCCCCGAUGGAGUUUUCGGUCGAGGAUGGAAAGCUCUCGUAUCGUGGAAACACGACCUUUUUUGCGGAUAAGGUGCCCAAGGGCCAGACGCAGAGUAAGGUCUUCGCGUCGCAGGAUGAUCAUCCUCUCAGCCUGGCUAUCACUUGGAAAGAGCGUCGGUGA